AUGGAGAGCGGGAAGGUGCUGCGCAAGGAGUUGCAGGUUGGGAUUCAGCAUGGGAGGGAGACAAGGGAAGGAGUGGAGAACACAGAAAGGCAGAAGGAUAGUUAUGCAGACGUGGGGCAAUCUUCAAAAAUUUUCACAAUAGAUGUGUCAGAAGAAAUCGAGGAGGACCUGGAAUGUUUGAAGGAUCUCACCAUUAUCUGCAAAUUUGUUGGACCGAGAUUCGAAAGGAAGAAGAUUCAGGAAUGGAUAAAAGAAAAUUGGGACACUCCUCAGAUCACCAAGUUUUUAUCACGUGGCUUCUUCAUUGUUAUCUUUGCAACGGAGGAGGAAAGACAGAAAGUAUUAGAGGGCGGAUUAUGGAGUAUGGGAUCGGCCCCUCUGUACAUUCAACUAUGGCAUCGAAACUUCAACCCUUUGAAGACUUUUGCUUAUGACAAGCCCCUCUGGGUCAGAUUAAACUACUUACCAAUGGAAUAUUGGACGGAGGAGGCUCUUUGUAAAAUUGGUCGAUCGUUGGGUACCCUGCUCGAAAUUGACAGAGAAAUCGCGGAAGGCGACUCAUACCUGUAUGCCAGGAUUUUCAUUGCGGUUGUGAGGAAAAUACCUUCAGAAGUCAGACUCGUAGCGCAGGGACAGGGAUGGAUUCAAACAAUGGAGAUAGAAGAAGAUAAAUACUUUUGUCUGGAAUGUGGAAAACGGGACCACUCGUCGAGGAACUGCAAGAGCACAAAAAAAAAAACGCAGACAAUGUGGAAACCUAUAGGCGCAGAGACCACGCAAUCCAGAGGAACGAAAGACAAGAAAGGGCAGAAAGAAGAGGAAAUAAUAAAGACGUCUUCAGUCAAGGUAGCAAAUGAGGAGAUCUUAAAGAAAAAGGACCCGAAAAUAAUACAACAAACUGGAGAUGAGGGUAAGACGAUGCAGGAUAAACAAAAUUGUAGGGAAGCGGAGGAUGCAACCAAGGUCAAUUUAUCAGAUAAUGAUAGUCACAUUGAGGAAGAGUGGGAGACAGAGGUAGAGGAAGAAGAGGAUGAAAUGGACAUCUGUGACAUCAGAACAAUCAAACAGACUACAACCUGUGGACAUAGGACUGGAAGAGGCACUGUUGAAAGGAAGUCCAAUAGGAAAAAGAGAGAAGAAGAAGCCGAAGAGAAAGGACUCUUAAGUGUGUCUGAAUUUUUAAGGAGGAAGAGUACCAAGGGGGGGAUCAACCCUCUUGGGAAGCAAUGA